CUUCAAGAACAGUGUGUUGGGAUUGAGCAGUGAGCAGAUCUCCGUAUUACACAGGCUCAUUCUUGUUACAGCUAUGGCUUCUGCCAAGAGUGAGAAACGGGAGAUUUACGCCCUCGCUCUUGCGUGCGAAGACCUCUUCUUAAAAUGCUAUGCCACACCGCAUUUUCUGCCCUCCGUGGCAGGCGAGACGGCAGAAAUUCAACACGAGAGAUUUCGCAUCUGGAGCUCCUACCUGGGUGUCUUCGCAAGCUACAAAGCGUCUCUUGACAAAAGACUCGAGUACUGCGACGACAUACACAAUCUUGUGAUACAGUUGCUCGAGUUAAUGCGAAAAAAUCUCGAGUUUGUUACUUCUCGUUUCGCUGCUCAUUCGAUGCAAAACAUAUCAAUUUCGUCAGCUCUCAAGGACAAUCAAGAGCUGCAGGGAACUCUUUCAGAGGCUCUUAACGCUGUGGAGGCUACUAUCACCAGGCUUAACAAGCUUGGUUCUGCUAUUCGAAGGCAGUCUGCUACGGGCAUCGAAAAUCGGGUGCAAGCGUUCACCGAAAAGCAUGGGGAUAAUGAUUACACGGAAUUCGCCCGACAGAUCGUCCAGUUCAGAUACAAAACCAUAUCGCCCUCCUUGAAAGAACAUUUAGCUUCGUCCAUGGCAGCACGUCGUCAGCGCCUAAGAUACCUCCGUCGACACCAAAUGAAGAUGGAAAGUCAGGCAAUGAAGGAGGAAAAGGAGCCCGGGACUUUGACGGACACGAACAAGACGUCUUCUCCGGCCUUGAGGCUCAAUGAAGGAAUUGCCGGUGCAACACCUACCUCAACUCCUGCCAGACAGGUUUGGUCAAAGAACGUCGGUUUACGGACGGCGACUAUACCUGCUGCGUCUGAGACAAACGCAACGAGCUUCAAGCCAACUCAGUCUGUAAUGGCUCGUAUCCGGAAAGCCAGUACCGGAUCCAUUGUAUCCUCUUCAAAAGAAAGCACGACGUUCAUGGCAGAGGGCUUGGACGACUAUCCGGAGCCUCCUAAGACACACGACGGACAGGCGCGAAGACCCUGUCCUUUCUGUUUUCAACCUCUCAAAGCCUCGGAUUUAAAGACCAGACACUGGAAACGACACGUUAACCAAGAUAUCAAGGCAUUUAUCUGCCUUUCCGCCAAGUGCAACGAGCCACCAUUUGAGACAUUUGAUCUAUGGGCCAAACACAUGCGAGAUUCACACUCAAACAAGUGGCCGCAACUUGUUCACAAGCCGGUGUCUUGGAGGUGUGACGUCGACCAUCCGAAAGAUAUGCCGGCUUUUGAGUUCGAUGACGAAAAUGCAUUCAAAGAGCAUUUGAAAGCCUACCACGGCAACUACAGUGCUGCAGUACAGAAUUCCAUUUUCCGAAUCAGCAGAGUUCAGAGACGGAGACCGCCGAAAACCUGUCUUCUGUGCAGUUACGAUGUCUCUGCGCUUGACUCUGACCAGCUCAAUAAUUCUUCCCCGGCAGAUAUGCCUCCAGCUACAAAAAGGCCUGGCGAUUUUGAAGAACUGGACAAGCUAGCGAAGCACAUCGCCAAUCAUCUCUGGCGCCUGGCAUUCGACAGCGCAAAUAAUCUUGAUGUAGAAUCACAGGACGAUGUCUCACUAGGGAGCGUACUUACCUCAAACGGGAAGCAACAAAGCAGCCCGGGAUCACAGCAGCGCCUACCUAGCGGUCUUGAAAUUCUAUCCCAAUUGUCCACGGACUUGUCCGAUAACUUCCCUAGGCAUGAAAGUAGCAAUUCAAUCCCGACGUUUGACAAAGACUGGUCUAAGGCCGAAUACGAUUUCUUGCAGUCUCUCGAUAUUGAGCUUGAUGACCUCUCGAUAUUACCAAACUGGGACGAUGAGCAGUAUACCUUCAAACAAAGAAUGCAAUUCGGAAGUCAAAAAGGCCUCGAUCAGCAACAGCCACCAGCUCCCUCUGAUGUAAUUUUAGAACACUUUUUAGCCUGUCAAAACCUAGCAAAUAUCGUUAACUUCCAGCAAACCGCCGAUCAAUGCCUCGCCCACCUGCGCGUCACCGACCCGCGCCACGACAAGAAGCGCAUUCAGGACACUAAGGGCGGCUUACUCAAGGACGCCUACGUCUGGGUGCUCGACAAUCCCGACUUCUGCCAAUGGCGCAACGACCAGCACCAGCGGCUGCUUUGGGUCAAGGGCGACCCCGGCAAGGGCAAGACCAUGCUCCUCUGCGGCAUCAUCGACGAGCUGGAAGCAACACGCCCUCAGGGCCCUCAGGGGACGCUCUUGUCCUACUUCUUCUGCCAAGCUACCGACGAGCGACUCAACACUGCGACGGCUGUACUGCGCGGCUUGAUCUUCAUGCUUCUCGACCAAGACCCGUCACUUGUUUCGCACAUGAAGAAGAAGUACGAUGUGGCCGGGAAGGCACUUUUCGAAGACGUGAAUGCAUGGCAGGCGAUCUACUCGACCUGA